GCACCCUAAUUCAGAACUUGGGUCCAAUGGCUGUUUCAUUAUGCAGGUAACCCAAGAAAUGUUUCUAUACAUGAGUCUUCAUAAGGGUUUAUAUUAUGCAAGAGUACAUUGGUAUUGUGAUUUAGAGAGUCGUGGUCAUUUAAAAGUUCUCCUAAGUGAUUCUGAUAAUCGGCCAUGUUAGAGAACCUUUGCAACUGAUAAACUAUGUGGAGGUUGACUUAAUUCUGUAAUAAUCAUUUGAAUAUUUUCUUAGUAUAAAGAUCUAGAGUGCAUUCACCUUCUCUAACAUCAGUAUCUUAGAAACUGCUUUCAAGGGCAAGCAUUUGAGGAAUAUUUUAAAGGACAGAGACUUAUAAGUCAUAUACAGGAUCAAUGGAAGUGCUCUGGAAGCAUUGUUUGUUAAUCUGUUAGUAACUGGAGAAUGAUGGAAGUCUGUGAACCUUGAAUGAGUGACCUUCAAGGACCUGAGACAAUAUUUAUGCAAGCAGGUUAUUACUUCAAUUCAUAGGACUGAUAGGUUGGGUAAGAAAGGAUUUAAAUUGAUUGUUAGAUUUAGCGAAGCUAGGGUGUUUUCAUAAAGAAGAACAGAGAAUUGGGUUGCUUGUUUGAGAAAGAAGAGGAGUUUAAGGAUAGAUUAUUUAAACAGUGAUGAUACUAUAUUAUACAAAUACAGGCAGGAAAAUUGUUAAUGUAGGAAAUGGAGGAGACAAUUACAGGAGGAAGAGUGACAAAGAGGGUGGGAUCUAGUGUAUACACAGAGGGUUUGGCCAUAGAAACAGAAAAUCCAUGUAUUGUGAUGGGCAGGUCCAGCAGAAUUAUGAGGUCAGAUAUUGAAGUAAAUGUCAAUAGAGAUAUCAAGAGUAACUGGAUAUCAUUGCUAGGAUUAUUUUAAAAGGUAGCAGGAUUGGUUAAUAUUGAUGAUAUUUAUGAUACAGUUUGUAUGUGUAUGUACAUGGUCUUCUUUUUUCCUUGGAAUCUCUCCUCUCAUCUUUUUCAUUCCUGCACAUUCAUCACCAGCAAAAAAUAACCCGUUUAAAUUUAAAAAAGUAUCUUUCCAUGCUUUCCUCAUAUUAUUAUUAUUUUUGUUUUGUUUUAUAACAGUAUUAUGCAUAGAUUUGUGUUUAGUGCUUUAUUGCUCAACUGUACCUUAUCAGUACCAAUUUUUGAAAUUGUGAAAUACGUCCAUUGGAGACUUAAGUUAUUAGUUAAAAAGAUUCUGCCAUUCCUAGAAUGUAGAAAAUAAUCUCAUUUUUAAUAUGAAAGUGAAUAUUAAGUAAAUCUUCCUUUAUUUUUAUGUUAAAACUUUCAUGUAUUUAUAAUUUAUUUUUAUAUAUAGUAUUAACUGUAUAUAUACAAAUUUAUUUUCUUCCAGACGUCAAGUUAAUGUGGUAGCCCCAUUUAUUUCAUAAUCUGCUCUUUUCCCAUAUGUUUCUAAUUUCUUGUUUGUCUCUCAUUAUUCGAUAAAUUCACAGAGGUUAUGGACCGUGUUUUGAUCAGCCUUGUAUUCUUACAAUAUUGGACAGUGCUGAAACAUAAUAAAUCACAAUGCCUAUUUGCUGAAUGAAUAAACAAAUUAUCUGGAGACCUCCAAAAGUCACUUGUCAUCUAUAUAUUUACAGGUAACUUUGUCCUGGACUCUGAAAUAAGGACACAGGGGCACGUAUGGAACAGGUGAAAAAUGUGACUGAGUUUGUCCUCUUGGGGCUCACUCAGAGUCUUCAGGGUCAGAAAAUAUUAUUUGUUGUGUUUUUGCUGAUCUACAUUGUGACACUCAUGGGCAACCUACUUAUUGUUGUGACUGUGUUGGUCAGCCCAUCACUGGAUGCCCCUAUGUACUUCUUUCUUGGCUACUUAUCAUUUAUGGAUGCUGUUUAUUCUACUACAGUUACCCCAAAUAUGAUUAUAGACUUACUCUAUGAGAAGAAAACCAUCUCCUUCCAAGCCUGUCUGACCCAGCUUUUUGUAGAACACUUAUUUGGUGGUGCUGAGAUUUUACUUCUGGUGGUCUUGGCUUAUGACCGCUAUGUGGCUAUCUGCAAACCCCUGCGUUAUAUGACCAUCAUGAACCAACAGGUGCGUGUUCUGCUGCUGCUGGUGACCUGGGUUGGAGGUUUUGUGCAUGCUGUAGCUCACCUUCUUUUUGUUUACAACCUUCCCUUCUGUGGCCCCAAUGUCAUUGACCACUUCUUCUGUGACAUGUACCCCUUAUUAAAACUUGCCUGCACUGACAUCUAUGUCAUUAGUCUCACUGUGAUUGCCAAUGAUGGGGUAAUAUGUGUGGUCAUCUUUAUGCUAUUACUCUUCUCCUAUGGAGUCAUUCUUCACUCCCUGAAGAACCUUAGUCAGGAAGGGAGGCACAAAGCCUUAUCUACCUGUGGUUCCCACAUAACUGUGGUUGUCCUGUUUUUUGUCCCUUGUAUUUUUCUGUAUGUGAGACCUCCAUUCACCCUACCCAUUGAUAAAUUUUUUGCUGUGUUUUACACAGUUUUCACCCCUAUGUUGAACCCCUUGAUCUAUACUCUGAGAAAUGUGGAGAUCAAAAAUGCCAUGAAGAAGAUUUGGACCAGAAAAAGAAAUUGA